AUGGCAAUCCCACUUAAGGUCCUGUCCCCCGGCGACAACGUGGUGAAGUGGUUUGAAGAGGAGAGCAUUCCGUAUGCCUACUUUCACACCCCCGUCGCCGAACUGUAUUGGCUGGUGAGCACUAACCGCCAUACGAACAUGCCCGUCAAGUUUCUCAUUUCUGAAGACCUUAUCCACCAAGUCUGCGAAGUACUCACUCGCCAUGGACUGGUUGCAUGCCCGUACGGUGUCGACUGCCAGCUGACCCGCUCACUGGCCCAGAUCCCCAGCUCUGCGGAUCAUUACCAUGCGGCUCUGACAGCCGAUGCGGGCGCUCAAGGCCAGCAACAGAACCCCGAUGCGAUGGAGGUGGACCAGACACAACUGACCCAGCCACAGGACCCGGAUGCAAUGGAUCUUGAUGAGGAUAUCCCUUCCUUCCCCCCGCCAGGCAGUGCGGGCGCUUCUAACGAUGCCUACGGCCUGACGAUCCUCCUCUACCCGCAGGAGGACCUCUUCUGGUUCUUCUCCAACCCGCCUCGCCGGACCGAGCUCGAAAACAGCUACUGCUACAUGGAAUCGCGCGAGCCCGUCAUCUGCCGGCUCUGGAACUGCUCCGUGGUCACCUACACGCAGCAGACGUGGGCGGAGACGGUGCUCAUCAACCUGAGCCGCGACCUGGCGACGCGCGCCGGCGUGCCGCAGGCCUAUUGGCACGCCGAGCUGAAGCACAUCGCCAUGUUCUGGUACAACGACCACCCGUCCGUGUACCAGAAUGGGGAUCCCCAGGUCGACCUCCACCCGCGCAACAUGAUCAAGCCAUACAGCACCAUCCUGAGCCUGUUCCGCGAGGCCCUGUGGUUCUACGACCAGGACGGAUUUUCGGACGCGGUCAAGGCGGAGUUUCGGGAGAUGUUCGACGAGCUCGAUCUGAUGGGACUGUUCCCGCCUGGCCCUGGGUUGCGUGUCGAUCCCUGCACCGACCACACAUUCACGGGGCACGGCCCGAUUCCUGCGUAUUUGACGCCGUCGGUGACGGGCAUUCGUCAGGACUUUCAGUUGCGGCAGGAUACUUCAGGUUGA